CAAGAUUCUUGUAGCUUUAAUGAAAUGAUAGUUGGGCCAUUUUUUGAAGACAGAGAAUCGAUGCCAAUGGGAAUCCAUGAGUACUUCAAUGAAUACUUGUCGGUUUUUCAACGAAGAGAUAUUUGAUGACAAUUAACUUGUACUACUAGUAAGUGUAAGUAAUUUAUUGAUUUUUUUGAACUUCGAUGGACAUGGACUGAUUGUGAUCUAGUAUCAACUAGGUAUGGCGCAAGCUCAACCUCAACGUUCUCUCUGUUGGUUCGUCUUUUUCUGGUGGAUGGCUGUUUGACGGUCAAUUUUUUUACGUGAUCAUUCUCCAGGAGAAGGGCCAAGCGCAACGCAAUCUUACAAGAGACUCUUCGUGGUGUUCCUUCGACGUCUGGGGCAUCCUGUAGAAGAAGAAAAAUUCUGUGAGUGGCCCAGGACCGUUGUUUGACCAGACCUAUACGCGAACAAGAACAGCACCAGCAGCAGCAGCAGCGGUAGACCAGUCGAUCUUCCACAGCGCCGUAUAAGCAAAAGGAACUACAACAGACCGCUGUUUGUUUUACCCGAACGAUCGCUGAUACCUCCACAUACCUCUUCGAGAUCGACGAAUUCCACGAUCACAAUCGUCCAAGGACUACAGCUAUCAUCUAAAGUUCUAGAACAAGCAGAACAAUCUAGUACCUGAAGCACAACUUCUUGCGCUUACCUGCUACACUACGCCGGUCCUCACCAACGAUACCUACAACGUCAAUGAAUAGAAGGCAAAAGCGACGUACUUUGCCACCACGACAAAAAUCACAACGACAACUUCUACACGCUAUACCUUUACCAUCCACGACGAUAGGCACAGCAGCCCCUUCCGCCUUCUCCCCCUCACACCACAAAUAUCCAAGAAGAUGUUCGGCCAACCUCAACAGCAGGUGAAUCCUGCAAAUCCCAAUAAUGAUGUAGAGGUACCACAACCGCCAGACGAUGGCAUAUCCUGUCUGGCUUGGAGUUGCCACAAUCAUUUAGCAGUAGGGAGCUGGGAUAGAUCGGUACUUUUUAGUAGACAACCAAGUAACUUCAAGUUCAACUUCACAGAAUGCUGGUGGAAGGAGAAGGGGAUCACUACAAAUUCUGACAUUCCUCCCAAGCAUUACCCCAGUCAGUUGAUAGGUAUUCAAGUCAAAGUCUUUAAUUAAUUUUUUCUUCUUCUUCGAGCUAAGGCUUAAAUACACUUUUUACCGCCACCUCACGACAGGUAAGAGUCUACGACGUGAAAUGUCAGGCAGGUGCGAGUGGAGCGCAAAUGCAAGUGCAAGUAACACCAAUAGUGCAGUACAUGCAUGACGCGCCUGUACUCUGUUGCAACUUUAGCAAGGAUGGCACAAUCCUGUUCAGUGGCGGCUGCGAUAACAAAGUGAAAAUGAGAAAUUUGCAGGUAAUAUUGUUUUUAUUGUUUAUGUCUUUGUUCCUUCUCGUUGAUGAGAAGACGCAAAUUAUAAAAUAUAUUAGGUUAGAGAAAAGUACUUGCUGUCACUGGAUCAUCAGUACAAGUAGUACAAGUACUAACCACAUAUUAUACUUCUACCUCUACAACUUUUACUCCUAUGCGGCCAACAUAACUAAGCUUAUAAUAGUAAGCAUAUCUUCAUCUCCACACCCAUUGUCAUCACGACAGACGCAGCAAGAGCAAAUAAUAGGGCAGCAUGCAGCGCCAGUGAAAGAAGUGUUUUGGUGUGAAGAGAUGAAAAUGGUCAUAUCAGGAAGCUGGGAUAAAACCGUAAAAUUCUGGAGCGGAACUAGUCCCCAACCGACUUUGAGUCUCGACACUGCAGAUCAGCGAGUCUACAGCAUGGAUCUCCAAUAUCCACUGCUCGUCGUUGGUACCUUUUUUUUUUGAAUAUCCUGGGGGCAUAUUACUAAACCCUGACGUCUAUCAUGCUUAAGAUAGCCCAAGCGCAAGCUCGUAAAGCAAGCCCUUCUCUCCUUAGAACCUUUGACAACCACCACAGCAACGGCGAAUCGUCGAUUACUUGCGUAUGACUUAGCUCAAAUUGCGAACAACCGAAAUCCAGUACGACAGGGAGAAACAGCUCUGAAGAUGCAGACUAGGUUUAUGACCACUUUGUUGAAUGUUUUGAAAGUUUGAGAUUCAACAGAUGAUUGAGUUCUUUCUGACUGUACUAGUACGUCUAUUCCUUGCAGUGACAAAAUAGAAAGUCAGAAGAUGAACUACAAAGAACAUCAGGAUCUUCUAUCAAGUAAGUAGGUAGUUGUACUAGAUAAAGUAGAUCAUGUAAAAAGUAGGUAGUUGUACUAGAUAAAGUAGAUCAUGUGAAUGGAUAUGGAAUAUUUAAUUUCCCGUCUCUACUACGUUUUUGUCCUCUAGUACUCACUCUUCCUGCUCCAUCUCAAUCUCUAAUAUCCGUGUCUCCGCAUUUCCAGACAAGAGCGGUUACGCAGUAGGGUCUAUCGAAGGUAGAUGCUCAAUUGCGUAUGUAACCGAGACGACGAAAAACUUCGCCUUCAAAUGUCAUAGGAACAACGAUGAGAUCUAUGCAGUAAAUUCGAUCUCCUUUCACCCAACUUUCGGAACAUUUGCGACAUCAGGGAGUGAUGGUAUCUUAGAGUUAUUGGCCCAGAGGGUUACCUUUAAUAUGACGUUAAUCUACUAAAGUUAAAGAAUACUCAAUCGAAAACUGGAAAUAACCGAGUUGCUGACUGAAAUGCGGGACGUAGCUUUUAAAGGCUACGCUUUGUUCUUCAGUAUCUCGGUUAUUCUUAUCUAUCAGCUUUUACUUGGUUAUUUCAGUUUUUCGAAUAGAUACCAAUACUUUAUGGUUCUGGUAUUUGGUAACCUGAAUUGGAUCAUAAGGAUUCUCUUUUUGUUUUCCUUAUGAUCAAAAUUCGGUUACCAUAUACCAGAGCCAUUCAAAUGCAUCAUACUAGUGUAGUGCUUACUCUGGGACUGUGCUGCUUGUGAGUAAUUUCGAUUUGUUCUAAAAGUCUUUCUGAAGUACUUCUGUUUGUUUGAACUCAGUAAAUAGUACUAAUACUAUUUCAUAUCGUCUUGGCCUUCCAGUUCCUACAACUACAAGUAGUACAACAAUCAUCCUCAUCAGGCGUCUUCACUUUCUGGGACAAGGACAACAGACAGCGACUGAAGCAGUUCAAUUCUGUGGGUAGUCCCAUCACAGCCAGUGGCUUCAGUCCAAACGGACAGCUUUUCGCUUACGCUUGUAGUUAUGACUGGUCAAAAGGACAUGAGCAUAACAACCCGAACUUACAGCGCAAAGUCUUUUUACACCGGCUUGAAGAAUCAGAAAUCAAACCCAAACCGAAUCAGCAGCGUGCAGGAGGUGUCAGGAGAUAACUACAGGAAGGGAGCCAGGUUCUUCUGAUCUGACUUUGACCUCAACCAUGCUCAUGCUGGCUGACGUCGACGAAGAUUAAAGCAAUCCAAAUGUUGAUCAUUGACAUUGGAACAUCAACCUUUUCUAGUAUUUUUUUUCGACCCAAGCAAUACGAAUACCAAUACCACACACGACAGCAGAAGCGCAUGUCGAUGUCUUGCUGUUGUUAAAAAUGAAGAAAACUUCCAUUGACCUUCGUCACACAGCGCUGCGUACUACCAAAUUAGCAAAAGAAAAACGCACUAUAUUUUUAAUCAUCUCCAUUUGUCGACAAC